AUGGCCGUCGACCCGUUCAAACCCGUUGUUCUGUCCGCCGAGGGUGCCGACCUGACCGUCUCUGUGCUUCCCUACGGUCUCACCUUCCACAGCAUCUCGACCGAAGACGGCGAAGACUUCAUCGGUGGCCCUGAAGAUCCCAAAGAUCACCAGGCACACGGUCGCAGGUUCCUCAACCCCAUUAUCGGACGCUACGCCAACCGUCUGCCUGCAGGCAAGAUCGAGUACAAGUCGGCCAACGGCAAGACUACGCAGAUCGAGCUGCCAGAGUUCAGUGGGCCCGGCGUAGUGCUGCAUGGCGGCCCCGAGAGCGACAAGCAGAACAAGGUGGACAGCAUCGUGCAGCACGGACCGUUCGACAAGUGCUACUGGCAGCCGCUGGACACCAAGGACAGCCAGCUGUUUGCCGACGCCGGUUUCACAUCUACAAGCAGCCCUACGGGGAAAGAGAGCAGCAUCAUCUUUGCGAUCGAAUCGCCGGAUGGCGAUUCCGGCUACCCUGGACAGCUGCGUGUCGAGACGUUGUUGGCGGUAGUGCCAGGCUCAGGAUCAAGUCAGGAGCUGGGCAAGUCAGCAGGCAAGCUGCUCCUCCGCUACCGUGCGGCUCUGGCUAAGGACGGCGCUGUCGAGGCUACACCAUUCAACAUGACGCACCACUGGGGCUUCAACCUGUCGGCAUCGAACGAGAAGGCGGCUCAGGCGGACAAGGGCACCGUGUUUGAGCACGUCUUUCAACUCUAUGCUCCCGCAGGCAAGACCAUCUCGCACCUCGAGCUUGAUCCGGCCAUGAUUGCUACGGGAGAGCUCAGACCCACUUCCGGUCCAGCCGACUCGUUCUCCAACCCUGGCUCGCACGCAUGGGACCAGCACGGCGGCAAGCGCAUCGGCGAUGGCAUCCCUUCCGGUGGAUACGACGACUUUUACGUGUGGGGUGCCGUUGCCAGCCCCCAGUCGGACGACAUCAACAAGAUUGCCACUGAGGAGACGAAGCGUGUCCGCCUCACUUCCGAAGCGGCGGGUCGCUCGGUGACAUUCCACUCAAACCAGGCCGGUGUGCAGCUCUGGACAGCGGGCGCACAGCCCGAACACCCUGCCGACCCGGCACAGUCUGGAGGAUUGAUGAAGAAGGCGCACCGUAAAGGAGAUCUACCGGAGAGCGGUAACUUCAACGGCGCGUUCGCUGCGAUCGAGUUUGGUGGACCUCACUGCGGAUUCAUCGAGCCAAGCCUGGCUGAGCUGGGAGGCCAGGAAGAGAUUCUCGAGAAGGGUCAGGUCUACGACCACUGGGUGGUGGCCGAAGCCUGGCGAAAGUAG